UGUAAGGAAAGUACUACCUGUUGCUACCAUAAACAAGAUGUCAGCCUCCAUGUCGUCUGCUUUACAGUGGAAUAAUAUUCAUUUUCUACUUUGUUGCUGUCAUGACUGAGAGUGAAAAUCAUCUAAAUGGUGAGAAUGAUAGUCACUGCAUCAUUUGUGAUCAAGCAGGAUGGGAUGCUAACUUAUCCACAAAGGGCUUCCUAUCAAUUAUUUCUUCGUCUAAGAAAAGACAAGAUGGAAAACAUGAACAACUGCUGCCUCUUAUAUCUAAUAAACAAGCAUUUGUUGUGCAUGAACAAUGCAGGAAGUCAUAUACUUCAUCAAAAAACAUACAUUAUUUCUUGAAGAAAAGAAAUUAUGAACUUGAUACUUUACCGCCAAGAAAUCUUCGCACAUUACAAAUCAAUUUUGAUUUCAAGACUCACUGUCUUAUUUGUGCAGAAUGUAUUAACUUUCCUAAUGUUGAAAAGAAUCCAAAAAGACAAAGCAUAGGUUCAGUUGAAAUUGUUGACAAAUUGGAUAAAUGUAGCACUUUGCAGAAUACAUUAUUGGAACUAUGCUCCAAGCGUUCAGAUAAGCAGGCUCUGGAUGUCAAGUCAAGAAUCAUAUGUGCUGGAGACAUAAGAGCAGCAGAGGCAAUCUACCAUCGCCAAUGUUUGCAAACUUUUUUACGCUGUAAACAAGACUGUGAUACGAAUGAAAGAAAUCUAAAUUCGACAAAUUCUGAAGGUUUCAGUAACUUGUGCACCUGGUUGUCAUCACAAACUGGGAGUCAGUUUACUAUAUCAGAUCUACAGGUAAAACUGUCUUCAUUUCUUCCAGAGGAUGUUGAACCUUACAGUGUUAAACAUUUGAAACGCAAACUGCAAGAUCAUUUUGGCAAUAAACUGAGUAUAACUGAACUAGGAGGAAAGAAAAAUGUAUUCCAAUUUAGACAUACAGCUUCAGAGAUUUUACACCAAGCUUUUCUUACUGAUGACCAGGAGGAUGGUGAUGAAUUGAUUGCCAAGUCACGCCAAUUGGGAAAAAAGCUCAGGAAUCUUUUAUCUGACAUCAAAUUUGACACUGAACACUUUCCCUCGCCAGAUGAAUUAAACAUCAACGCUUUAGAGAGUCAAGUUCCUGAAGCUCUACUGGUUUUCAUGAAGAGACUUUUAGGAUUAUCUUCAACAUCUUCAGAUAGAAAUACACUGCAAAUGAUAUCUCUAUGUCAUAUCUUGAUGAAUGCUGUUGCCCCAAAUCCAUACCAGUCUCCAUUGCUGUUCUCUACUGGUUUAUUCAUCCACCAGACUACAAGGUCAAAACUUGUACUCAAUCUCCUUUCAUCCUUAGGAAUGACAAUGUCAUAUGACACUAUUUUGGAUUUUGAAAGAUCUGCCGUUACAAGUAGAAACAUUGAUGACCUUCACCCAGGCAUUGGUGUCAAUGAAGAUGGCACAGAAGGAUUUUGUCAGUGGAUAGCUGAUAAUUUUGAUUACAAUGAGGACACAAUAAGUGGCCACAAUAGCACACAUGUCAUGGGAAUUAUCGCAUGUCAGACACCUGCAUCAACACAGAAACUGUCAGUGAGAAGACAAAAAAACUAUGCUACAGACAUUCUUGCUGCUGGUGAUUUCAGCAACAUACAACCCUACAGAAAUCAUCAUACAAACGCCAUGGCAAAGGUAAAAUUUAAUCCGGUGGUCGAAGUUAUAGUUCCAAAACUGAAGCAAUUCCUCUUCCAAGACAUAGUGUGGAUGCUCUCCAAUUUCAGAUCACAAAUCACCCCAGGAUGGCAAGGGUUCAUGUCUGAUGUGACACAUGGGGAGUAUAUGCAGUCUAAAGUACUUUAUCAUCCAAUGAUACCACUCAAUCCGCAGACAAAUGAAGCAGUCUAUUCAACAAUGAUGUUUGUAGACAAGCAACGUCAGAAGAUUGGACAGUGUUGUGCACUCCUCACGUUUGAUCAACCACUCUACGCCAAAGCUUACAAAAUCAAAACAGAAAAUCCUCUGGAUUUCGAACACAUACAGCUUCGCCUUGGAGGAUUUCAUCAGCUGAUGUCCUUUCUUGGAUCUGGAUCACUACAUAUUCUUCUCUUUGAACAGCCUCAUGAAGACAUCAUGGAUGAAGAUGGUGACAAUCGUGAACACGAAAAUGAUUCUGUAGGUAGUGGUUCUUUGUCAGAUAUUGAACAGAUUGCUAAAGAUAUUUCACGUCGGGAAAUUCAAUUUGAUGACUUUGAAGAGACAGUGGAUAACAUUCUGGGCAAAGUUGACAAAGAAAAGAGCAAUUACAUGAGAAAGUCACAGUUUUUGGAGAAUCAUCUGUUCCUCUCCAAGUAA